UUCUCGAAAACUUUACUCAUUUGGAAGAAGCCAAGAAAUCAGAAGAGUACAGAAUCCAGGAGAAAUUCUAGAGAGAGAAGGUAAAGUCUACACUGAGAGAGAGAGAGAGAGAGAGAGAGAGAGGGUUUAGGCGCAGUUUCCAUGAACAUUUUUUGGGUCUUUCGGAUUGAGUGAUAGAGAGAGCGAGAGAGGAUUGAGGGUUGAUCGAUGCUGUGCUGGGUUUGUUUCUUUUGAGGACAAUUUUUGUGGGUUUUCUUUGGUGGGUGGGGGAUAUGUACAUAAGGUCCAUGGGGAAAUCCUUCAAGGAUUCUCUCAAAGUUCUGGAAGCUGAUAUUCAGCACGCCAAUACCCUGGCGUCUGAUUUUUCGAGGGAAUAUGACGGUGCAUCUCUUCAAAUGAGAAUGUCAUACAGUCCUGCUGCACACCUGUUCCUUUUCCUUGUGCAAUGGACGGACUGUCACCUUGCUGGUGCCCUUGGAUUGCUCAGAAUCUUAAUAUACAAGGUUUAUGUUGAUGGCACCACAACUAUGUGUGCCCAUGAGAGAAAAGCAAGCGUACGAGAAUUCUAUGCGGUUAUUUAUCCCUCUUUAGUGCAACUGCAAGGAGGUGUUACUGAUACAGAAGACAAAAGGCAAAAGGCAGUAUGCAUGGAAAGGUACAGAAGAAGAGAUGAAGAAGAACACAAACAGUAUUCAGAUAUAGAAAUUGAAAGAGAAGAAGAAUGUGGAAUUUGCAUGGAGAUGAAUAGUAAGAUUGUCUUGCCCAACUGCAACCACAUCAUGUGCUUGAAAUGCUAUCGGGACUGGCGCACAAGAUCUCAGUCGUGCCCCUUUUGCCGCGACUGUCUGAAGGGAGUGGACUCCGCUGAUCUCUGGGUAUUUAUGGACAGCAGGGAUGUAAUUGACAUGGCAACUCUAACUCGGGAGAAUCUCAGAAGGCUAUUCAUGUAUAUAGAUAAGUUGCCUUUGGUGGUUCCUGUUACAGUUUAUGACCCUUAUGAUUCUCAUUUACGGUAGGCGGUUGUCACCAGUCUGAACCACCAAUAUAGCCUCCAUAUGACUACCAUUUUCUUCUCUUUCAUUAACAUAAAGACUGCAUUCAUUGGGUCGGUCUAUUUAGGUCAAAAAAAUUGCGGUGCUUUCUUGGCACUUCUGAGUAGAAGAACCCGGCCUGCAUGGUUUUGGGCAGGGGGUUUGAAGUUGAGAUAAUAUGACUUGUAGGGGUUCAUAAUGUGUUUAUCCAAAUUGUAAAUGCGUGUAUAGCUCAUACUUGGUUCGAAAACUUGUGUUGCUUCUCUUUCCCUAUUACACUACCUAUACUUAAUAUAUGAUGUUUGUGUCA